GUUAAAAAAAAAACAUCCCCAUUCUAAAAUGUCAUGUGACAAUCUGAUUCUUAAAGAGUGAUGAUGUCACAAGGACAUCAUGCCUUUGAUCCUUUGAAGUUUUUUCCUUAAAUAGGGGUCAGGAGCAGCAAGUUUUAGUCAGUUUGUUCGCAGCCUUCAAACGUUCAACCAGAGAUAUAUUUGAAAGUAUUUGUAAACCUCUUCAGAGUCACUGUGCACAGGAUUCAAAAUGUAUCCACGAAAACGAUCCAUUAGUGCCUCAUCAGUCCAAAGGACAUUACAGGAAAACUCCGACCUACAUGCAAAAAUUAAACAAAUUGAAGAAGAGAAGCUUCAACUGGAGGAGAAGUGCAGACAAUUGGAAGUACGAAAUCAAGAGCUGGAAAAACAACAGCUCUUGGUGCCUUACGCAAAAUUUAUUAGUGAGGUCUGUGAAGGAAAGCUUGAUGAAGCACGACAGAAGAUUUUGUUCCUGACGAAGGAAAACAAGACAAAGAGUGCUGAAUUAAAAGAAACGUCUGCCCAGCUUCAACGCACGAACGCUACUAUUGCGAAGAUGCAAGGGGAUCGCCAAUACAUGGAGCAAAAGAAUCAGGCGCUCCAAGGAAUGCUUGAUGAAGCUUUGGAAAAAAUGACACAAUUCCUCUGUCUGAAAAAGGAAGAGAACACACAAAUGCAGGACCAAGUCAAAGGCAUAAAGGAAAAACACAAAGUGCUGAAAGUCAGGCUGGAUGAAACAGAGUGCAAAAAUAAGGAGCUUCUUCAAGAGAAAGAGCAACAGGAAGAAGAAAAACGUAUUCUCCAGGACUUGGAGAGAAGAAAUCUACAACUGAACGAAUUUUGUAAUACAAUGAAGGACAGAACACCUGAACUGGAAGGAGACGAAUUGGGAAAACUAUAUUCAAAGAUACAGCGUAGGGUCAAUGAAAUGGUGAAAAGCCUCUCAGAGGCCAUUGAUGAGAUGUUGUUGGACUCAGACAACUUGAAGCGCGAAAACACUGAAAUGCUUGCGCAAAAGCAGCAACAAGAGAAAAUAAAUGAAGACCUGCAGCGUAAGCUUCAAGAAAUCACAAGAAGAAAUGAGCAGUUAGAAAAGAUCCACAAGGAAAAGCAACAGCAAAAUACAGACAAGCGCAAUCUAUUAAAAGGAAUGGAGCAAAAGAAUCAGGCGCUCCAAGGAAUGCCUGAUGAAGCUUUGGAACAAAUUACACAAUUCCUCUGUCUGCAAAAGGAAGGGAACACACAAAUGCAGGACCAAGUCAAAGGCAUAAAGGAAAAACACAAAGUGCUGAAAGUCAGGCUGGAUGAAACAGAGUGCAAAAUUAAGGAGCUUCUUCAAGAGAAAGAGCAACAGGAAGAAGAAAAACGUAUUCUCCAGGACUUGGAGAGAAGAAAUCUACAACUGAAAGAAUUUUGUAAUACAAUGAAGGACAGAACACCUGAACUGGAAGGAGAAGUAUUGGAAAAACUACCUUCAAAGCUGCAGCGUAGGAUCAAUGAAAUGGCGAAAAAACACUCAGAGGUCAAGAAUAAGAUAUUGUUGCACUCAAACAACUUGAAGUGCGAAAACGCUGAAAUGCUUGCGCAAAAGCAGCAACAAGAGAAAAUAAAUGAAGACCUGCAGCGUAAGCUUCAAGAAAUCACAAGAAGAAAUGAGCAGUUAGAAAAGAUCCACAAGGAAAAGCAACAGCAAAAUACAGACAAGUGCAAUCUAUUAAAAGAAAUGGAGCAAAGAUGCCAGAAACUUGAGAAGGAAGUUGAAGAAACAACCGAUCAGUUGAGAACCCUCAUCCUAGAGAAAAAAGUGCUCGUGGAAAAGCUCAUGGAAAAGAAGAAAAAACGUUUCCGCUUCUUCUGGAGGAGGGACACUCCUGCUUUUUCUACUUUUUCUAUUUUUUCUACUGCUGAUGUCACCUCAUCUCCCUCCACCUCUGUUCCAUCUUAAUUUUCACCUCUCCUCUCACCUUCUCCCUUUCUCUCCUAACACUUCUUCCCUCUCUCCUUCAUCUUUUUUCACCCUAACCCCCAACCAGUCCUGGCAGUUGACUGCCCCUCGUGAGCCUGGUUCUGCCGGAAGUUUCUGCCCGUUUAAAGGCAGUUUUUCUUCCCCACUGUCGCCUAGUGCUUGCUCAGAGGGGAUUGUUGGAUUUGUAUUGUUGAUUGCUGGACCAGGUGACCCUGA